UGAGCGCAGUCACAGUUCUUUAGGAAAAGAUUUAUAGUGUGUAGUGUUUAUGUAGCUCCACAGCUCACGUUUGCUUUGAGAAUGCGGUCAGCUGGAGCUGACAUUAUCUGUGAGCCUGAGUGGAAUCAGCAGCGCCUCUCCAACUAUACACAGUGACCAAAAUAGGAGGGCAGCACUGGGGCUGAACUGAAGGGGCCAUAUGUCUCCUCUAUCCCAGACAGAGACACAUCUGAGGAACACUGGCCAUGAAUCACACCGUGCUCUCGUCUCAAUAGGAUAUUUGCUUCCACAACACUUGGAAUCAUGUCAGCUAAGGAUCUCGAAAGUUACACCUAUGACUUCCUUGAUAGCUCCCAUCCAUCUGAUAUGCUGGAUGCCCUUCAGGAGUUCUACACUAGUGGCCUUUUCACCGACAUCACCCUGUGCUGCUCUACAGGACAGAUGUUUCACUGUCACAAGGCUGUGCUGUCCGCCCGUAGUGCCUACUUCAAGGUAAUGUUCACUUUAGACAUGAGAGAACGCUCAAAUGGCAUCAUCAGACUGGCUGGAGUGGACAGAGAUGUUCUGAGCGCUUUGGUGAACUAUGUCUAUACCUCAAAAGUGAGCAUCACGCAAGCCAACGUGCAAAGCCUUCUGGAGGCAGCUGACCUCCUUCAGUUUAGCUCAGUGAAAAAAGCCUGUGAGGACUUCUUGAUGCGGAUGCUGAAUGUUGAUAACUGUCUCGGUAUGCACUCUUUUGCUGAGCUCCAUGUCUGUCCUCUGCUGGAACACGAGGCUCUGAGGAUUAUACUUGGUAGAUUUGAAGAGCUCAUACAUCAAGAGGAGUUUCUGGGACUAGAACCCAAAAAGCUAAUGGCUAUAUUGUCUGCUGAGAACCUCAACGUGUGGAAGGAGGACACCCUCCUAGAAGCUGUUGUGAAGUGGGCGACCUUUGACACAGAUUCUCGAAGAGACUGUGUUCAGGACCUGUUGCACUGCAUUCAGCUUGAGGUGGAUGACAUGUACCUCAGAACUGCCUUAGAGGUUCACAAAGUGUGCAAUGAAAAUAAGCUACGAUCUGUUAUUGCUCAGUCUAUGAAAUCUUGUGGGAAAGACUUAUCUCUAUCUUGUAAAAAGGCCUCAUCAAGCAUCUAUAUCAUAGGAGGAUAUUAUUGGCAUCCACUGUCAGAAACUCACAUAUGGGAUCCCAUCUCCAACACAUGGGCACAGGGGAAAGACUUACCAGACUAUACAAGAGAGAGCUACGGUGUCGCACACCUCGGUGCCAACAUCUACAUCACAGGGGGUUACAGGACAGAGACAGUAGAUGCACUGGAUACAGUGUGGAUUUACAAUAUUGACAGUGAUGAGUGGACAGAAGGAUGUCCUAUGAUCACUGCCAGAUACUACCACUGCUCUGUGCCUUUACACGGAUGUAUAUACGCCAUAGGUGGAUACAGGGGAGGCGCCCCGGCUCCUGAGACCGAGUUCUAUGAUCCUUUGAAGAAGAAAUGGUUUCCUGUGGCAGAUAUGAUACAAGGUGUUGGAAAUGCAACUGCAUGUGUGGUGCAAGACCGAAUCUAUGUGACUGGAGGCCAUUAUGGGUACAGGGGAACCUUAACCUAUGACAAAAUACAGACAUAUAGAGCUGACAUCAAUGAGUGGAGCAUUACAACAACAAGUCCUCAUCCAGAGUAUGGGCUUUGCUCAGUGUCACUAAACAACAAGCUCUUUUUGGUUGGCGGUCAGACCACCAUCACAGACUGCUACAACCCAGACAAGGAUGAAUGGAGGCAGCUGGCUGUGAUGAAGGAAAGAAGGAUGGAGUGUGGAGCCGCUGUUUUGAACGGGUGCAUCUAUGUAACAGGUGGCUAUUCUUACUCAAAGGGUACCUAUCUCCAGAGCAUAGAGCGCUAUGAUCCUGAGCUGGACUGCUGGGAAAUAGUGGGCAACCUACCUUCUGCAACUCGCUCACACGGCUGUGUUUGUAUGUUCAGUGUGUAGAGUUUGUUUGCAUAUGGUAUUCUCAGGUGGGUAAAAAUGGAACUUUAUUAUGGUCACACACAAAACCCUUGUAUUUCCAAAUGGUCAGCUUCACAGGAUAAAUGCAUUUUAAGCUUUACUACUGGUCUGUAACCAAAACGUGAAGAGUAACUUACAGAUUAUCAGUAUUUUGCCUUCUGAUAGUUACAUAUUUUCAUAUACUGUACAGUUUGUUAAAUGUAUGUUUCUUGUGUUUUUAUAUGAAAAUGCUUUUACUCAUAUGAAAGUUUGUUUUUCUUAAACUAUUUUUGGUAGCGGUUAAUGAACUUUGUUCAGGCUUCUUUACAUACCUCUGGUAAUUCUAUUUCCAAUAUGAUUCCUUGUGAAAAGAUGUAAGAUUAAGUUACACACUUGCAUCCUUGUCAAAAAGCUCCUUGAGCAUAUAUUUUGUCGAAGUGUCCAAACUCCCCUUUUUAUUAGUAUAUUCAGCUUCAUUCAGACAAGUAUGUUGACAGACACUCUGUAGCAUACCCAGCUUGUAUAGUGCACUGCCAAAUCUCUCUCUUACAUAUCUUCCAUAUUCCAUGUGGUAAAAUCAAGGAAACCCAUCAUUUUUAAGUAGUCUCUUAUUUUUUCCAAAGCUGUAUAUUAAACCUCAACAAAUAUUUUAUUACUGAAAAGUACAAUCGCUUACAUUGCACUGAACUUGAAUAAAAAUGUGAUUAUUGUUAUAUUUAAGUUUAAAAACACAUUUAUUAGCAGAUUGUUGAAGUUGACUUUGAUCAACAGCACUCGGAAAAGCUCUGAUAGCACAACAGGGUGCUGACUUUAUUUUAUUAAAUACCUGCAAAAUGAAUUGAAGUUGUGUUUGUGAUCCAGAAAAAAAUAUUUUGACAAGAUUCUUGACCUCACUAACGCUUUUGUGGUUGAAUAUAUUCAGAUCCCUACAAUUAUGUUGCAGCAUUAAGUGUUAUGUCCUUCGCAAACAAGCAGAGGCUUUUACUGCAUCAAAUGAUGGACAAACACUCUGUCAAUACCUUUGAUUAAAAAAAAAUAACACUCACUAAACAAUGUUUGGACGUGUGUUAAUUUUUUUUUUCCAAUUUCAGUAUUACUUGGGGGAUCUGGGCUAAAAGGCUGCUAAGGCUGUGUUAUGAUAGAAAUGAUUUCAGUCAAAAAUGUUUAAUGAAUCAUCUUGUAACCACUAAUCUAUUUUAAUCAGAUUCUACUGUGAUAUCCAAAGGGCCAAUGUGAAUUCAGACAGACUGACUAUAUGACUGUUUUUUACCUCGUGUUUUAUAGAGCCUAUACACAUUUUGCAUAUGUUUUUGAGUGUAUUUAUGGUGUUUAUAUAAAAAGUGUUUACAAUAAAAUUAUUCCUUACUCUGUUAAUGUUCAA